AUGCCGGAAGAAUGCUACACGGGGGCUUCAUCGGGACAGCCGGAAACAGCCGCUAUAACUCUGAAACAGGGGCCCACAACUUCACAGGUCCUCCAAAGAAACUUGAAGUUCAAGUCACUUUUUGACCAACUUGGCUUUGGACCUCAAGCAAGAAAAGCAGCUGAUGUAGCUCUCAUGAACAUCUCUGCAGAGUCUAAUUCUCAUUGCUUCACUGCUCAACCACCAAGGUCAUUCUUGGAAAAUGACAAUGCUAUUGUCUUCACAGACAAAGACAUAGAAGUUCCAUAUCCGGAUCAUAGAAGGCCACUUUACUUGGAAGGACAAAUCAACGAUGUGUUUAUAAGAGGAGCUUUGGUAGACACGGGUUCCUCUGCCAACAUAUUGCCUUUGUCUGUGCUUACAGCAGCUGGUAUUCCAUUAUCCAAAAUUGUGCAAUCUCAAACAAGCAUCAGCGGUUUUGGGAAUAAGAGUGAAGUCACAGUCAGGCACAUGCAAGUAAACUUGAAGGUGGGACCAAUCCGGCCACUUACUAAGUUAUAUGGAAGGAUUGGGAUAAGGCCACUUCGCAUACCAGGAAAUCAAGCACCGUUCAACAAAAACGAAGCUCACUACUCCAAGGCAGAAUUUUACACCGAGUACACAGGUGUUGGAAGCAGCCCAUCCAAGGAUUUCGGGACCUACCUACCUUCAUGA